AUGGCAACCAUUGUCUUUUGCUCAGUAAACAAAACGGCACAGACCACCGCCAGACGAUGUUUGUUUUCACAUUUAAAGGGGCUUGCUAGUUCAGGGGAGUCACGUCUGCCGUUAUCCUGCACUCACAGCCCGUCAGUGACUUUCCUUGCGGGUAUAAGAUGUUAUCCCAGGGGUUACAGCGUGCGUUUCAUGUCCCAUGGGACCGCAGGCAGAGCCGCAACCGGGCGAACCAGAAGGGGAGCCCUGGCGCUCAUUGGAGCCGCAGCAGUAACGGCAUCAGCGGCGGUAGCGGGGUUUUUAGCCAACGCUAACCACUUCCAGCGUGCUGAAAUGGCAACGAAAGUAUCUCGAGCCGCGGAGGAGAAUGAGCAAGAGGGGGAUAUUUUGGAGAGAUGCCGGGGGUUCAUGUCUCCUCCAGUGACAGACAUCGGUGUGCUGCAGGAGAGGAAAGGGGAGAUGCGUACGAGGAUGGAGAUGUUGAUCAUGGAGACGCAGGCCGCCUUUUGCAACGCCCUGGAGGAGGUGGACGGUGGGAAGUUCAAGGUGGACCGGUGGCAGAGGAAUGAAGGUGGCGGAGGAAUCAGCUGUGUGAUGCAAGAUGGAAAGGUGUUUGAGAAGGCAGGGGUCAAUGUAUCAGUGGUGUUCGGAAACCUGACUGAGGAGGCUGCCAGACAGAUGAAGAGCAGAGGGAAAGUCCUCAAAGGGAAAGAUGGUAAACUGCCAUUUUGUGCCAUGGGUGUAAGCUCUGUUAUCCACCCCAAGAACCCCCACAUCCCCACAGUGCACUUCAACUACAGAUACUUUGAGAUCGAAGAGGAAGAUGGCACUAAGCAGUGGUGGUUUGGUGGAGGCACAGACCUGACUCCAGUUUACAUUAAUAAAGAAGAUGCAUUUCACUUCCACAACACCCUGAAGGAGGCCUGUGACAAGCACCACCACCAGUACUAUCCAGACUUCAAGAAAUGGUGUGACCGAUACUUCUACAUCCGACACAGAGGAGAGACUCGGGGUAUAGGAGGGAUCUUCUUCGAUGACCUGGACUCUCCGAGUCAGGAGGAGGCAUUCAACUUCGUCCAGAGCUGUGCCCGCACCGUGGUGCCCUGUUACCUGCCCAUCGUAUACAAACACCUCAACGACUCCUUUACUGAUGAGAACAAAGGCUGGCAGCAAGUACGACGAGGAAGAUAUGUGGAGUUCAACCUGGUGUAUGACAGGGGAGUGAAGUUUGGCUUGGCCACGCCUGGCUCCAGAAUUGAGAGCAUUCUCAUGUCUCUCCCCCUCACUGCCAGGUGGGAGUAUAUGCAUGAGCCUGCCAAAGGUACCAUGGAGGCUGAGAUGCUGGAGGUGUUACGAAACCCCAAGGAGUGGGUGUAACCACCACCGUGUUCACAUGUCAAUAUGGACAAAUCCUCCGAAACCGUCUUUUUUGUAUUGUAUAAUGGUGUCAACUGUCUAGAUCAGCAGCAGUUAACACUGUGUUUACCAAAAUAAUAUUGCAUUGCAUGUGUCUGAAAAGUUUUUUAAUCUGCAAUUGUUAUUUUUUGCUCUUUCCUGUUUGCUUCGUUUUGUCCAAUCAGCCUUGUUAACCCUUGUGUGGUCCUUCGGGUCCCGGUGACCCGAAGGACAAAACAAAGGUUAAUGCAGCACCUUGGUGCUCGUUUGUACAGCAUUUUGGUCAGCUUAAACAGUGUUUAAAUGUGCUAGGAAACAAACUUUACUUACUUACUUUACAAGAGACAGGGUUUAGAGAGCAAUUCUCAACAAAAUAAACAGAAGUACAUCAUCCUUGUGUGGUCCUUCGGGUCCCGGUGACCCAAAGGACCACACAAGGGUAACACUGAAUCACAUUAGUUAUGCAUUACUACUGGUGGCCACAGGUGGUCAUUGCCUGCUUUUUCGAUGAUGUGCUUUUUUAAAGAAAUGUUGUGUCAAACAUUAGCUGUGUUUUUUUUCUAUGCCUGGGCUGAAUGUCGCUUGCUCUACCUGAAGCUCUUUAGCACUACUCUGCUUUUAACAAAGCACUCAAAGGGAAAAUAGGGACAAACUGAGCCACGGCAUGUACUGUAUGUGUAUGCCACCACUGUUAUGAAAUGUUAAUAAAUCUCUAUAUGUUUCUGCGCAUCUGCUCAAAACAAUGGGUUAAUUUUGACAAUCAUAGAUAAUGAUAAUAAGGGACUAAUAAUUCCACUUGAGAACCAUUUACGUAGUGGUUCAUCCACUUCUGGUUAAUGAGUCACUUCCUGAUUUGUUUGAACAGUAGUAAAACAAUAGUUGGAUAUUAGAUCAUGUUCCACAGAGAGGAUGGUUGUGAUUUAUAGGCCAGGUGGCUCAUUGACACAGAAUGUUGGAAAACAAAAUGACAUUUUAAAUGCAAAAAUAAUUUAUAUCUAACAAAUAAAUUGUUCUGUUAA